GUAUGCGUUCUACAUUUACUAGUAACACUGCAUUUCCAGGGCGCGACUUAGUUUGAUUAAAAAUUCCGGUCAUUUUUUACACUGGUAAUUUUUAAUGUUAGGUAAUAAUACCCAUUGAAAUCUUAAAGAUAUUUUCCAAAUUCAUCACUAUUUGCACAAAUCAGCUGCUGCGCCGUUUCAGUAUCAAAAAUAAUUUGCGACGAAACAGGCGCUCACUUUUCUCGUCCUUCUUCGCCCCGCCUUCCCCUUGGUGCUUGGGUCGGUUUAAUUUAUUUUACUUUCAAAAAUGGCUGCCAAGAGGAUUUCCAAGUCCGCUAUCGACUGGGCUGCCUUUGCCAAAAGGGUGCCGGAAAAUCAGAAACCUAUGUACCUGCAAUUUAAGGCAAAGUCAGACGGAUACCUUCGCCGGGUGCUGGCUCAGCCAGAGUCUAUGCCUGCCCUGGACUGGGCCUACUACUCCUCGCGGGUCUCCGCACCCGGCAUGGUCGAUCAGUUCAAGAAGCAGCUGGCGGCCCUGAGCAUCCCCUACCCCGAGGAUAAGGGUGUCUCCAGCCAGAUUGAUGCCCAGGCCAAGGAGGCGGAGAAGAAGGUGACACAGUUUGUCAGCGAGUCCAAGGCACGCAUCGCCGGCUACGAGGCUGAGCUGGCCAAGUGGGAGGUGGUGCCGGCCUUCGACCAGAUGACCAUGGAGGAGUUCCGCGACCACUUCCCCGACCUGGCCCUGGACCCGGUCAACCGGCCGACCUUCUGGCCGCACACUCCCGAGGCCCAGCAGCCCGACGAGCCGGCCGCCCACUGAGACGACCCAGUGACGUCAUUUGUCGCCCACUGACGUUAUUUGCCGGCCGGGCGGCGUCAUAUACGGUGGCGUCACACGCGUCGGUGGCGAGAGACAGUCUGUGCUGGGGUGGCGCGCUGAUAACAGCUGAUGAUAGACGAUUAUGUGUAGAAUAUAUCGUGAAUGGGAACUGA